UGUGAGUUUUGUGUUACAUACCGUGUCUAAGUUUAUUGGAGCAGUGUGUGUGUGUGUGUUUGUGCACGCGGGCGCGCGCGCGUGUUUGUGUGUGUGUGCGUGUGUGUUUGCGUCCCUGCGUGUGCGUGUGUGCGCGCGUGUGUGUGUGCAGUUAGACUGGUUAGUGUUUACACUGUGUACAGUUUUAGAUUAUGUUCUAUACUAGUCUUUUUGUUGUUGUUGUUGUUGUUGUUGUCCAUUACAGUUUUCUGCUCCUACUUCAGCCUUCACAUUCUGCAGUGGUGGAGACUAAGACAUGUUGUUUUGUGUCACGUGAUUUCAGGGAAGUGACUCAGUUCUUACACAAAAAACACAGAACAGGUUUCACUUUACUACAGACUUAAUAACACCAGGAACAGACAACACAAGUGAACCCAGUAAAAGAAGAAAACAUGACAUGAGUUAACAAGCAUACAGAAGGAAAAAGAACAUCUGUACCAUCAAGUCCUAGUGUUCCAUCAGCCAGUAAAAUGGCCCAACAGGAGUUCAGUGUCAAUAUUGUGCUGUUUGGAAACAUGUCUGCAGUCCACUUUGGACCUGAUAAUAUACUACUUGGACAGGAUGAACCCAUUUUAGAGUUCUCUCAGAUUGUCCCGAUAAAAAGAAUGGUCUCAGGACGUAAUGUUUCUGUCAUCAAUAUUCUCGGCUGGGAAGAGACCGAAUUCUCCCCAAACACCAUGCGUCAGUUCACCAGUAAACUCAUCAGUGAAAAUGAAAUCCACGCUUUCAUCUUUGUGCUUCAGCUGCACCGGUUAACAGACACUAAUAAAAUGGGGCUCGAGUGGCUGAAGAAGACGUUUGGAGAAGGUGCUCUUCCCUUUGUGAUGAUUCUGUUCACUUAUGAGAGAGAGGAGGAGUGUGACACCAUUAUAGAUGAUCUAAAGAAAAACACUGUUCUAGAGCAUCUGAUGCGGCAGUGUGGUGGCAGGUACCACACAUGCAGCAAGAGCAUGAACAACCAAUCAGAAAUGAGAACCUUGCUGGAGAAGAUGGAGAUCUCUGAGAGCAAGCAGAGCUGCUACACUGCUGAGAUCUACAACACAACCUUCACAGGCCAAAGAGCCUUAAAUAGGCCUCUGCUGCAAGAAGAAGUGGAACUCAAAGAAGAUCCAACAAAACAGCCAAACGAAAAAACACCAGAACGUAAUGCCGCAGACUGCAGACCAGAUAUUUCUGAAGAACUGAAAGAACUCUUUUCAAGAGUGUUGGGAAAUCACAACCUUCUGUUAAAACCUGCAGAUAUUCUUCAAAUAAAUAAACCAUCACAACACCAAGAACCUUCAUUACAUUUACUUUUUCUGCAAAAGCUGCUGAUGGUGAACUACAAGGCAAGAUACAUUACAGUUGUUAAACAAACCAGGGAAGAGGAUGAGGUGUCACCAGACCAAGUGGAUGAUGAUCAGGAGGACAGCUUUUCAUUUCUUCUUGAUGCAGACUCCACAUUAACUUCUGAUCCCGUAAACAAUAGAUAUCCUGUUCACCCCAUGGAUGUCCAGAUGGCGGUGUUCCACUGCUCCGAUCAUUUCCUAAAGCAGCUCAUAGUGACUAAACUAGCUCAGUGUCAGUACGCUCUGCCUCUGCUGGUGCCCAAUCUCCUCACCAGAAAGAUCGAGUUUCCUCUCUGGACUUUUCGCCAAAUCAUAAAAAGCUGGAAGACCACUGACUCCGCAAGAAAAGUUAUCAACAAAACUAUGCCAGUUUCUAUGGCUGAAACUCCAAUGGUGGCUUUUUUCAGGUUCGGUUCUGUAUCUUCAUCCAAGUCUCAGUUGAUGAACAACUUGAUUAACGAGAAACAUCACACAUUCUUCCACCGAGAUUGUCCUGGAAGCAGCAGAAACCGGCUCCUGAUGGAUGGAGUGGUGGAGAUCACAUGGUGCUUCCCAUCAGGGAAGGAAACGGAUUGUUUCUCUGACUGUGUGGCGUUCUGUAAUCUCCAUGGUGAUGCAGAAGCUAAUAAAGAGCAACUGGAAGUCCUGACUGAAAUGUCCUCAGUGAAUGUUGUACUUUUAUCUGAACAAAAGGAUAACACAAUACUAAAAAAUCUUUGCAAAAACCAAAAGCCACUAAUUUGCUUAUUCACCAACAGUAAUUCACGUGUAACUGGGAAUAAAAAGCAGAAAUUUAAAAUUGGUCUUAAACAGAGAAAUCAGUCAGAUAUAUCUGAAGAUCUCAGAAACACCCUCAAAAAGUGUCUUGCUUUAGCUCCCAAAUUCAGACUUGAAAAUGUGGCUGCGAGCAGAAACAUCAGAACAGAUGAGGAAGAUGAUAAAUGUCAGAAGGGGAAAAACGUAGCAUCACAAAUUACAAAGUUAUUCCAUGGAUUGCAGCUGUCUGAAAUGAAGGAAGAACAUCUGCCCUGUCAGGGGAAACUGUGGCAUGACUGGUGCAAGAAAAACAAAGAAUUACAUCGACUGCAUGGAACAAAAAUAGAAAUGAAAAGGUGUGAAAAACAAACUGAAAUGAAGACGAUCCGUAAGCAACAGAAUGAGUGUGGAGUUACAAAAGUCAUGAAGAUGUUUAUCGACACUCUGAAUUCAUCAGACACAAAUUAUAAAGACUAUUUUCUGAAAUGGCUUGUAAUCCUGCUUGACAACUACACCACAGAUGAACUCUCUGGACUCAGGGAUUCACAACGUCAGGACAAAACAAAACAGCUGAAGACCGGAGCCUUGGGUUUGGAACACUUCCUCAGGGAGAUGAGUCAGAUAUACGAGUCAUUCAUUUCUGUACAAACUCACAAGGCAGGAGCUUCAAGAGGAGAUUUCCUCUGCCUUCCUAAGCUUGGAGCAGAUAUCAUGCUCUGUGGAUAUCCACUGGAGCUGAUGGAUGGAGAUGCUUCUCAUGUUCCUCUGAUCUGGGUUUCAGCAGUUCUAGAUGAACUUGUGAAGGUCCUGGGGGAUCAGAGAGUGUUUGUGCUGUCAGUUUUGGGGAUUCAGAGCUCUGGGAAAUCCACCAUGCUGAAUGCCAUGUUUGGACUCCAGUUUGCUGUCAGUGCUGGAAGGUGCACCAGAGGAGCCUUCAUGCAGCUGGUCAGAGUGUCAGAGGAGAUGAAGGAAGAGCUGAAGUUUGAUUACAUCCUAGUUGUGGAUACUGAAGGACUUCGAGCACUUGAGCUCACAGGAACAUCCACUCAACAUCAUGACAAUGAACUCGCCACAUUCGUUGUUGGUCUUGGAAACCUGACCAUGAUCAACAUCUUUGGUGAGAACCCUGCUGAGAUGCAGGACAUCCUUCAGAUUGUUGUUCAGGCCUUCCUGAGGAUGAAGAAGGUCCGACUGAAUCCUAGAUGCAUGUUUAUCCAUCAGAAUGUUGCAGAAAUCACUGCUGGAGAGAAAAAUGAAGAAGGAAGGAGAUGCUUACAGGAAAGACUGGAUGACAUGACCAAGCUAGCAGCUAAAGAAGAAGACUGUGAUGCUCAGUGUUUUAGUGAUAUAAUUAAGUUUGAUGUGCAAAGUGAUGUUAGGUACUUUGCACAGCUCUGGGAGGGCAGUCCACCCAUGGCACCACCAAACCCAUCAUACAGUGAAAAUAUUGAUGAGCUAAAGAGAAACAUCUUCUCAAAUAUUAAGACAGAUCAUAUAAUAAGUCUUUCACAAUUUAAAUCCCAUUUAAACAAUUUAUGGAAUGCACUGCUGAAUGAAAACUUUGUCUUUAGCUUCAAAAACUCUUUAGAGAUCGCAGUGUACAGAAAACUAGAGUAUGAAUACUGUGAGUGGACCUGGAACCUUAGGAGAGCCAUGUUGAGAACCGAGAACAAACUGCUUAACAGAGUCAACAAUGAAAAGAACCCAAGGAUUGAUGAAAACGACAUCAUGUCUGACAUGAAAGACACAAAGUUAGGUGUGGAAAAAUCAACUGCAAAGUUCUUUGAUGAAGACAAAAAUAAAGAAACUUUGAUCCAGUGGCGUGAAAGAUUUGAGAGAAAAAUUUUGGAUCUUUACAUUGACCUUGUAAAAGGAACAAAGAAAAAGUUAGAGAAAGUUGCAUCCCUGAAAAUUGCAAGAGAAAAGAUAGACCAAGAAAAAAUUGUGAGGGAAAAAAAGCUUUAUAAACAGAGCAAAGACCUAGCAAAACGUCUAAAAUGUAAAGAAACUGAUGAAAAUACACUCAGAACAGAAUUCGAAGAUGUCUGGGACAAGUGGGUCAAGGAGUUGACAGAAGAUGUACCUUCAUUUGACAACAUUGAUAUCUGGGGAGAUGUAAUACAGACACUGUCUGAAAGUUAUGAGGUAAACCUUAUCUGUGAGCGACAGAAUAAGGCUGCAUACAAAACGUUUGAAUCCAUCGGAGAUUUUUCCGUCUAUAUCAUUCUAAACAAACAAGAGCCUCCUCAGGAACAUCUACAACCACAGGAACACAUGGAGGAAGGAGAUGAAAGCCCUGGUGCACUUAUUCAUGCAGUUGGAAACAUUCAACUUGAAGAGAACUUCAGAGCCAUCAGUCUAAGCUCUGAGGAUAACAAAUUAUUUAGAGCACUGAUUGGGAAAGUGAUCAAAGACACUGAAGAAGAAAUUCAGAGGAAACCCAUUGCAGAACAGGGAUACAGUCAGAUCUACAUCCCAGAAAUAAUAACCUCCAUUAAAAACCAAGUAAAAGUCCACCAAAGUCAGUCCUCCAAAUAUACACUUAAGAAGGAAUUCACAGUGGAUCUGUGUCUCUGUGUGUGCAGCCUUGUAGCUAACCAAUUCAAUGACCUUCACAAUAAAUUUAAGGAAGCUAAUAAUGUCAGACUCUACCUGAAAAAACAGAAGUCUCAGUACUUCAACAUCUUCAAGAACUAUUAUAAUGGUGCGACCUCAACAACAGUGUUUGGUGACUUCAUUGUGGAUAAACUUCAGCCAUCUAUACUGCAGGCAGCGUACGACCAAACUGCUAUUGAUGUAGCUGAGAAAAUGAAAGGUGACAUUCCCGCAUUCAGUGGAAACAGGUCAAAUCUGGAAAAACACAUUCUGACCUCACUAGCAGAAGAGGAAAACUUCCAGAACUAUGUUGAAUACCUUCACAAAUCCAAACAACAUUUCAAUCAAUUUAUUACUAAGGAAGUAAAUAAAUACCUGCUUAAAGACAAACAUCAGGAGGUUCUGGAGAAUAUUAAAACUAACAUAAAGUCAAAGGGAAGAUGUGUGAUGGACGCUGUCAAUAAAGCAACAGAAGAUGUGACUAAAAGAAAUGGAAACAUUGACAUGUGGCUGGAGAACUUCUCCAAAGAGCUGAAAGAUGAGCUUCAGUUUAAAGAAGAGUCAUGUCUUGAGCAGAAAGAAAUUACAGACCUUGGCUUUCUUCAAGAGGUUGUAAAUAAAGGCCUGACUGACACCAUGACAAAGUUAUGCAGUGAACUUGAAAACAUCUCUGACCUCAAACAGGAAAUGUUUCAGAAGAACCCACAAACAGUUCUGACUGAACAUCUCUGUCGAUGCUGCUGGGUUCAGUGUCCAUUCUGCAAUGCCAUCUGCACCAACACAAUGGAGGAUCAUGACGGAGAUCACAGUGUCCGUUUCCAUCGCAACUGUGGGAUUAAUGGAUGGUCUUUCAUGUUUUCAGAAAAUCUUGGAGUUGAUUUCUGCACAUCUGCUGUUACUAGUAACAUGUUCUUCCGCACGGCUGAUGGUGUGUUUGCUUUUAAAGAGUACAGAAAAGCAGGUGGAGAAUAUGCUAAGUGGAACAUCAGCCCUGACACCUCUGAGGUGCCCUACUGGAAGUGGUUCGUGUGCAGGUUUCAGGAAGACCUGGAAAAGCACUACAAGAAAAAAUUCACAGGGAAUGGAGAGAUCCCUCACGAAUGGAGGAAAAUCACUAAAGACAGAGCCAUUGAGAGCUUAAGUGAGUUAUAAUAGUAUGUCAUAUAUUUAAUUAGUGCCUCAAGACCAUAACUGGAACAGCUACACAUAAUGUGAGAGAAAUAAUAAUAACAAUUGAAUAGAAAGAACAAAUGAAGCUAAAAAAAUGUAAAUAAACCUUAAAGAAAACCUCACAUUCAAAUUACAGUAUGACUCAAAAAUCAGGAAAAGCCUUGAGGUACUUAAGGUGACCACAAGGUGUACUUAGUACCUUUCAUUAUUUUAUGGUCUAUUUGGUGUUUUUCAUUCAUUUUCCUGUUGAUGUGUUCAUUUUUGUUAUUUUCACCAGUACGAUAUUUAACUAUUUCACAUUUUUAAUUCUACUGUAGAUUGAAAUCUUGAUGAAUUUGUGACUUACUUAAUACGCCUCUGUCUGUGAACUACAUAAGAAUAUUACACGUUGUCUUUUGCAUGCACAUAUUUUAAGAAUUGUUGUAUAAAAUAAAAGAUGUAUAUUAGAAAAUAAGUGUUUUGUCCCUUGAUUUUUCUUUGUACUAUUCUGAAUUAUUGGAUCACAAAAAGAUUAUAAAAUUUUUUAAACAUUACUUUUCCAACACAAUUGCUACAGAAUUGUUGAAGAUAUUAAUAUAUUACACAAUCGAUAUAAGUCCUCAUGCUUUCACACCUAAUAUUCAGGGCAUCUUGACUUUAGAGCGUUUCUUUACAUGUAUUUAAGACCUUUACACAGUACACUGUUUAUACAUUAAUUAACGUUGUUUAACUGGACAUGUGCUUGGUGAACAUCCUAUAGAUUUAUUCUCAUACUCUCAUAUACAUAUAUAUACCCCACUGUCCCCAUUCUACAUGACCUGAACACACCAUUAGACCUGUAUUAAUGAGACUGAAGCUGGAUGUGAUUGUAUAAUAAUGUUUUUAGAUUGUUUUACUGUGCAUUUGUAUGUACAUAUAAACAAGGUACCUGCCUGAAAACUAUGAUAGCACUGUACAAUUACAAUAUAAUAUAUAACAAUAAACUUUACAAUAGCUUUGUAAAGCGCUUACAAACAUAAAAACAUUACUCAUCUGCAUUCAUUGUUCUUCAUUUUUGUGAAGUAGGGCUAAAAAACCUGAUACAUUUUUGUAGUCAAAAUCAAAAAUAUAAAAAUCUUCCUCUCGCUCUGACCAAAUAGUGUA